AUGGUCCGCAAACUCAAGCACCACGAACAGCGUCUUCUUCGCAAAGUCGACCUCAUCACCUACAAGUCCGACGGUGAUAAUCACCGCGAAGCCGCCGUCCGACGACGCUACCAUCUCACCCACCCACUCGACUACAGCAAAUACAAUGUCCUCUGCGGCCGAUUACGCCAACUAGCACACCAACUUUCCAACCUUGAUCCGGCAGACCCUUACCGCGUCGAAAUGGAAACCGUCAUGCUCGAAAAGCUGCACCAGACAGGCAUCCUAAAACAAAAUCGUGGCCAGGGCGCCGGGCUAAGCAAUGUCGAGAAGGAUGUGACGGUGUCCGCCCUCUGUCGACGGAGGCUGGGCGUCCUCAUGGUCCGGAUCGGAAUGGUCGAGAACAUCAGCACCGCCCACAAAUUCAUCGAGCAAGGGCAUAUACGUGUCGGUACCGAAGUCGUGACGGAUCCGGCGUUCUUGAUCUCUAGAGGCAUGGAGGAUUUCGUCACAUGGGUCGACGGAAGCAAAGUCAAGAGACAGGUCCUACAAUAUCGUGAGAAAUUGGACGAUUUCGACUUGCUAUGA